UAGUUAUUGUUGUUGUCAUUGUUGGAUAGGACAGAGAGAAGUGGAGAGAGGAGGGGAAGACAGAGGGGGAGAGAAAGAUAAGACACCUGCUUCACCACCUGUGAAGUGACACCUCUGCAGGUGGGGAUCCAGGGGCUUGAACUGGGAUCCUUACUUCAGUCCUUGCGCUUUGCACCACCUGCGCUUAACCCGCUGCACAAUCACCCAACUCCCAUUUGUGAUUUCUUAACUGCAUGUGGAUUGUUGCAGUUUGUUAUAAUAAGUCUCACCGUAUUCUUAUAUUUCCCGGUACACUUUCCACACUGUAGCAUAUCUGAAGUGCAGUGUGUAUUUUACUGAGUUAAUAGUAAAUGCUGUUUUGAGCUCGCAGAGUAGACACCAUGAACAAGGCUCAUCCUCCCGAAUUGAAAAAACUUAUGGACAAGAAGUUGUCAUUGAAAUUAAAUGGCAGUAGACAUGUCCAAGGAAUUCUGUGGGGAUUUGACCCAUUUAUGAACCUUGUGAUAGAUGAAUGUGUGGAAAUAGCAACUAGUGAGCAACAAAACAAUAUUGGAAUGGUGGUAAGACAUGGAAAUAGCAUCAUUUUAGAAGCCUUGGAAUGAGUAUAAACACAGUGACUGUUCAACAAGAAGACUGUUCAACAUGUCCCCUCUUCUACGGUAUCUUUUCACUUUGAUAUAAAAGUUAGGUCGUGUACAUUUUCUUACUGAGUUUUAUUAAAUAAACUUUUGUAAUAGUAAAAAAAAAAAAAAAAAAGAAAAGUAAAUGCUAUUAAACUACACACUAUAUAUAUAGUUCCAGGACCACUUACAUAGAAGGAAGAAAUUUUACUGACAGAAGACUAGAAGCGGGUUUGGACUGGGACAGAAGUUGGGGUGUGUACAGACAGACAGACACUUUCUGCCUUUUUUUUUUUUUUUUUUCUGAACAAAAGCCCUAACAUACAGAGUGAGGGAGCGUUUGCAGGAAGGAGGGAAUCUUGGCCGUCUAGUGGGACUGGAUUUGUCAAUUAGGUCAUUGCCGACAAGACCUGGAUUGUUUUCUAAAGGAGCUUUGUUUAGAAGUAGAGCAUCUACUGGUCUUACCUCAUCUAAGAAGUUGGGGGACCAGAGCGGAGUCCUCAGCCCUUCUCCUGUAGAGUCUGCUGUGGGGCUCCCAGGUACUCUCCUGCAGGGUUACUCCCAGUACGAAUUUUCUACAUGUGGGUUGGUUGGUUUUUUUGAGAAAAGCAAGACCUUCAUGCAGAUUCCAUAAUCCUUCCCCAUGGCACAGGGUUGAAUGGGAGUGCUGCUCCUUUAAAGGGUGUUUGGGUCUGAGAAUCUUGACUGGUAGCCUCUCUAGGAACCUUCCCUGCCUACCACUCCAGUGCUUGGUGCAGGCCUCUGCAGGAGGAAAAGGACUGGCAGAGGACUGUGUGCAUGUGCCUGUGCCUGUGCCUGUGCCCCGCCAGAGAGACAGCUGGGCCAUGCUGGUGGCAACUAAGGCCCUUCCUGGCAGCAUACUCCACAGGGGGAAUUCUGCUUGUCUUUCCAGGUGGUUCUGGGAUUCUAGCUUUUCUUGUACCCCUCCCAGGCCACUGGUACAGAAUAUUUUAGAGGAAGGGA